CCCGCGCUGUCCGGGCCGGCGCUGCCGGUGGUGGUGCGCUGGCUUCAUGGCGGCGGCGCGGCCCGCGUUCCGGAUGCUGCGGUGGCUCGUGGGGUCCGGCGUCCGGGGUUGCAGCUCGGGGGCUCCGGUGACGCAGCCCCACCCCGGGGUGGCCCCUCAACCCGCCGGGGAGGAGCUUCCCGCAAGGCUGCAGUACCUGAGGGAGCAUGCAGCCCCCUUCUCUGCCUUCCUCACCGACGGCUUUGGCCGGCAGCACAGCUACCUGAGGAUCUCACUCACCGAGAAAUGCAACCUCCGAUGCCGGUACUGCAUGCCUGAGGAGGGUGUCCCCUUGACCCCGAGGGCUGACCUACUGACCACAGAAGAGAUCCUCACCCUCGCCCGGCUCUUCGUCAAAGAAGGGGUGGACAAGAUCCGGCUCACGGGCGGCGAGCCGCUCAUCCGGCCCGAUGCGGUGGACAUUGUGGCCCGGCUCCACCAGCUGCAAGGACUCAGGACGAUUGGUGUCACCACCAAUGGCAUCAACCUGGCCCGGCUGCUGCCCCAGCUUCAGAAAGCAGGGCUCGGCGCCAUCAAUAUCAGCCUGGACACCCUGGUGCCUGCCAAGUUUGAGUUCAUCGUCCGCAGGAAGGGCUUCCACAAGGUCAUGGAGGGCAUCCACAAGGCCAUCGAGCUGGGCUACCGCCCCGUGAAGGUGAACUGCGUGGUGAUGCGAGGUCUGAACGAGGACGAGCUCCUGGACUUCGUGGCACUGACCGAGGGCCUGCCCCUGGACGUGCGCUUCAUCGAGUACAUGCCCUUCGACGGCAACAAGUGGAACUUCAAGAAGAUGGUGAGCUACAAGGAGAUGCUGGACACCAUCCAGCAGCGGUGGCCCCAGCUGAAGAAGCUUCCAGAGGAGGAAUCCAGCACAGCCAAGGCCUUUAAAAUUCCUGGCUUCCAAGGCCAGGUCAGCUUUAUCACAUCCAUGUCGGAGAACUUCUGUGGGACCUGCAACCGGCUUCGAAUCACUGCCGACGGCAACCUCAAGGUCUGCCUCUUCGGGAACGCUGAGGUGUCCCUGCGGGACCACCUGCGGGCAGGGGCCUCGGAGGAGGAGCUUCUGAGCAUCAUCGGGGCUGCUGUAGGCAGGAAGAAGAGGCAGCACGCAGGCAUGUUCAAUAUUGCCCAGAUGAAGAACCGGCCCAUGAUCCUCAUCGGGCUGCCCUCGAAGCUUCGAACGUCCCCACUGGUCAGUUUGAGUGUGUCCUCCCGAGCUCCCCGCCAUGUUCUGGAUCUGAGGCCCAGAGUGAGUGUUCCCACCCAGAUGUCGGCUUUGUGGAAAGGAUACAGAGCCCCACAGACCCUCACGGCCCAACCACGGAUAGGGUUCGGAUCCCCGCAGAGAUGCUAUUGCUCCCACAAAGACUCAGAAGACUCCGACUCAAAGUGCCUUAACUCAGGGUCCGGGGAGUCUGCGGCCCCGUCAGGACCCAGGUCAACCUCAGACAAGCUCACUCACCUGGACUCCGAAGGACGGGCGGCCAUGGUAGAUGUGGGCCAGAAGCCAGACACGGACCGAGUGGCUGUGGCCUCCGCGGUGGUCCUUCUGGGGCCGGUGGCCUUCCGGCUGGUCCAGCAGAACCAGCUGAGGAAGGGCGACGCUCUGGCGGUAGCCCAGCUGGCCGGAAUCCAGGCGGCCAAGCUGACCAGCCAGCUGAUCCCUCUGUGCCACCACGUGGCCCUGAGCCACGUCCGCGUCCGGCUGGAGCUGGACGGCGCGCGUCACGCCGUGGUGAUCCGGGCAUCCUGCCGGGCACGGGGCCCCACCGGGGUGGAGAUGGAGGCGCUGACCUCCGCGGCGGUGGCCGCCCUGGCCCUGUACGACAUGUGCAAGGCUGUCAGCAGAGACAUCACGGUGGGGGACGUCAGGCUCCUCAGCAAGACCGGGGGACAGCGGGGAGACUUCCACCGGGUCUAGACCGCCUGCGCCCCUCCCCGUCACCCCGGCAGCUGUCCCGGAGGCCGUGGGAUUGGGACAGAUGUCAAGUCCCUCCAGCCCCGGGGCGCCCUGUCUUGAAGCCUUCCAGGACUCUGAAGCAAUGGAGCAGUUGCCAAAAAAAAAAGCAAUAGUAGAUACCCAGAAAAUCACGUCUCAGAUGACAGACAGGCAGCCUAGCCCACACCUCCUCAUUUUGGGUUCCCUCUUCUCCUUCUCUGGGGGGGGGAAUAAGGGCUCGUUAAGCAGGGGAACCCACUUUGAGAAGGGGAAAGCACAAGCUUGCAUAAAGAAUGUAUCAC